GUUCCACUCGGACGUAUUUUCACGCUGAACGGCAGCUUCCGGCCGAUGAGUAUCUCUCUCCAGCUGAAACUGUUUGUUUUUGAAUCUUUGACGGUUUUUUUUUUGUACCGUUUUUCCACCGAAGCUCCGGUACAAGUUGUUGUAACGGAACCGAACACCGAGCUAACGGCGGACUCCGGACGGUUCGCGCUGUUUGUGGAAGCUCCCGUUAGCACCGACGCUAGCCGGCCCUCCGCUGAAGCCUCCGCCGGGCGGAAGUCGCUCGCCGUCGGAUUCGCUCCGGUUCUUUCUCGCCGCUAUAACGGAGAAGCUCAACGUUUCAUGCGUGCGCCGGAGCCGGUUCGGACAUUUUAAUGGGAGGCGGCUCGCGGUGGAGGACUGGACGCUGCCAGCUGCGAAGAAAGAAGCGGAGGUCGUGGCUCCCUGCCGGGCCCAGAUGGACUCUCUGGCCGGGUACGUGUACAAGGCGGCCAGCGAGGGUCGAGUCCUGACCCUGGCCGCGCUGCUGCUCAACCACUCCGAACCCGAGACCCGGUACCUGCUGGCCUACGUGACCCAGCUGGCCGGGCAGAGGUCCACUCCCCUCAUCAUCGCGGCCCGGAACGGACACGACAAAGUGGUCCGGCUGCUGCUGGACCACUACAGGGUGGACACGGAACAGACCGGCACGGUCCGGUUCGACGGAUACGCAUCGAGCGGGGCGACCGGCGCUGUGUGUGCGGCCGGAGCGGUCCACUUUGAGGUGGUGCGCCCUGUGAGUCACCAUGCCAACGUUUAACCAACACCCAACCUUCCACUAAACUCCACCCCGCUGCCGCCGCGCGCCCUGCUUCGACGGCGGCUGGACAUCGUCCGCACCUCCUGGUGGAGCAACAACGCCGACAUCCAGCAUCACAAAAGUACAAACAAACCGACCUGUCUGAUUGAAACGCGCCCUAAUAAGGCCAACACGGACGUAGUGAAGUUCCUGCUUGAAGCAGGCCGCGACCCCAACCAAGGCCCACUGCCGGCCCCGCCACCCGCCCGCACUUUGCGGCGGGGCGGGCCAUCUGGAGAAUCGUAUACCUGAGCUGGGUGCGCCUGCCAGAGCCCGGCCAUGGUGGUGAACGGACACGGCAUGACGCCGCUGAAGGUCGCGGCAGAGAGCUGCAAAGCAGACGUGGUGGAGCUGCUGCUGGCGCACGCCGACUGUGACCCGCGCAGCCGCAUCGAGGCCCUGGAGCUGCUGGGCGCCUCGUUCGCCAACGACCGGGAAAACUACGACAUCCAGAGGACGUACCAGUACCUGCACAUGGCCAUGACGGAGCGCCACCGCGACCCCGAGAACAUCAUCACCAAGGAGCUGCUGCCGCCAAUCGAGGCCUACGGCGGGCGCUGUCGAUGCCAGACCCCCCCAGAACUGGAGGCCAUCCGGGUGGACCGGGACGCUCUGCACAUGGAGGGGCUGAUGAUCCGGGAGCGUAUCCUGGGCUCGGACAACAUCGACGUGUCACACCCCAUCAUCUAUCGCGGCGCCGUGUACGCCGAUAACAUGGAGUUUGAACAGUGCAUCAAACUGUGGCUUCACGCGCUGCGUCUGCGGCAGAAAGGCAACCGGAACACGCACAAGGACCUGCUGCGCUUCGCCCAGGUGUUCUCGCAGAUGGUCCACCUGAAGGAGCAGGUUGUGGCCUCGGCGGUGGAGCAGGUGCUGAGCUGCAGCGUGGUGGAGAUUCAGCGAAGCAUGGCUCGAGUGGACACGGCGGUCGAAUCCGAGCUGCCUCAGGCCAUGGACAAUUACGAGUCGAAUGUUUUCACCUUCCUGUACCUCGCCUGCAUCUCCACCAAGACCACCUGCGGCGACGAGGAGCGCGCCCGCAUCAACAAACACAUCUACAACCUGAUCCAGCUGGACCCGCGGUCCCGUGAGGGUUCCUCUCUGCUCCACCUCGCCAUCAGCUCCAGCACGCCGGUCGACGACUUCCACACCAACGACGUGUGCAGCUUCCCCAGCGCGCAGGUCACCAAGCUGCUGCUGGACUGCGGUGCGCAGGUCAACGCCGUCGACAACGAGGGCAACACGCCGCUGCACGUCAUCGUCCAGUACAACCGGCCCAUCAGCGACUUCCUGACGCUGCACGCCAUCAUCAUCAACCUGGUGGAGGCCGGCGCCCACACGGACAUGACUAACAAGCAGAAGAAGACGCCGCUGGACAAGAGCACCACCGGCGUGUCGGAGAUCCUGCUGAAGACCCAGAUGAAGAUGAGCCUCAAGUGCCUGGCGGCGCGCGCCGUCCGGCAGCACCAGAUCACCUACCGCAACCAGAUCCCCAAAACGCUGGAGGAGUUCGUGGAGUUCCACUGAAACGGACCUGAGAGCUGAAGGAAUCAAGGACUCUUUGUUGUUUUUAAAGAAUUUCUUAUAAUUUUCUAACGAAUCCAAACGGUGCUGAAGGACGACGGUUCAGUACCAAAAGUUUUUGAGCAUUUUUAUAAAAAAAAAAAAGUGGGUUGCUUUUUUUCUAUUUUAAGUAUUAAUUGUACCAGCAGCGACAGACGGCGGUUGGUCCGUGUCUCCGGCUCACUGCAGAACGUCGCAGCAGAGCGAGGACAGCAGUGACAUCACCGCGCCGCUUCUUGUUUUGCCUUACCUCCACGCCGCGGGAGCCGCCAUGUGACUGAUUCUACAGUCGGAGUGAAUGAGCGAGUGAGUGAACGUAGACAGCCGACAGACGACCGACCUCGCCCGCUCUCCACGCCCACAGAGCAGCCGCCACACGCACUGAUUAUUUUUUUUAACAUGAGAAAGGGUUUUCACUGGCUUUAGUUUUUACUGUAACGAUGAACCGCUGAGAAACGGGACACACGAUCGGACUGCUGGACAGAAUCUAUACAAACCAUCAGGUUUUUAAGUUCGUUAUAUUUGAAAAUAUGUUUAUUUUAAAGGGUUUGUAGAUUUGUUCCGAUGCUGCCUAAAAUGUGGUUUGUGCACCGAUCUGACGCCUCAUAAUUUAUUAGCCCCGAACCGGGUCCCUGCUUCGUCCUCUGCUGGUCUGCAGUAUAAGCUUGUUUAAAAAAAACGUAUGUCUAUCUGUUGUUUAACGGACGUGUAUCGGAUCGGUCUAGGUUUCGAGAAGGAGAAGGUGGUAUCGGAACAUUUCUAUGUUUUUAUGAAAAUACUUUUUCUGUGGGCCUGUUUCACUGAAACUACACUACAUGGCCCAAAGUGUGCGGACUAACCCGUCCACAUACUUUGUACUUUUUGUUGGGUUGGAUUUUUCCUGAUUUCGGUCCUGUUCUGGACGCAAUAAUGUUUGUUUGUUUUUUCCGAGGUCGCUCUGAUUCUGAGCACCUUGGUGCUAACUGGUGAAUCGGCAAAGCGGAACCAGUCAGUGUAACAGAGGGCGCUGCACAACGACCUGUAGAAUAAUACGCCCAGAUCAGAACAGGGCCGGUUCCUAGUUGUUGGAUUAGGACUGUGAUAGGCUUAACCUAAACCUAACCAACGAAGGCAACGAGGACUAGCCAGUCAGAGCUCGUCAUGACUUCGCCACCCUGGGAAAAACAAUUUAGCCCACCGGACACCUUACAGUGAGAUUUUAGACCUCUGGUACCAAAUGUUUUUGGCUUGUGAACCCAAUAUGUCUGUUGCAAGACUAGAUAAUAAAAAGGAGACUUUCAGCUACUCAAAGAGUUUAAUUUUACCAAUAUUUAGUGGCUCGAAAUAGUAAAAAUAUCUAGAAUUUCACAAGAAAAAAAGUAAUUAUUAGAGAAUGACCAUGUGUCCUUCCGGCAAUGUGGCAGCAGUUUGUCCCUUUUCUGUUUCAACAUACCUGAAAGUGCAUCGUCACAAACUGCUCCGUUUUGGAGGUUUAUGUUUUUCACAGGACGGGAUGGAGGCUGUUGUCACAGCGGUUGUCCACAUACUUUUGGCCAGGUAGUGCACUUUUUCUAAUCUUUAAAAAUACCAACCAAAUAUUCCCUGAACAUGGUACCAUUGUUUUGAUUCUGUAGAUGUAGGCAGAUGGGCUUUUAGUUUGAAAUGUAAACAUAAGAACAGAAACGACGAAUGUUCUCCCAGAAAUCCACAUUUUUAAGUUUGUUUUUUUUAAUAAACAGUGAAGUCGGGUUGCAGCAGCUUCAGCUUUGGUCGUCGUGUCUGAAAAACAUGAAGGUAGAGGUCUGAACAGGUCCACAGAUUCUGUUUAAUGGGGUCUGUUGGGUCCUGUUGUGUUGCCAAAGGUUUCAGGUCUGUGAGUCAGUAUGUCCAAUAACUCUUUAUCAUCUCUGAUCACGUGCUCUCUUCAUACACCAGUGACCCUUCAUAGGCCCCGCCCCUUUUUGCUCAGUGCUCCAAUCACAGUCGACUUCCUUUCCUGUACUUGAUAAACUUGCAGUAAAUACUCUCUGUGAUGGCGAAUCCUGAUUCAAUGUGUGAAUAUGAGCUUGAACAACACUUGUUUGCGUUGCUGCUCACAGUCUAACUCACUGUUUCCAUGGCAACGUUAGAUAGACUUUGAACGUGACAUUUUCCAAAAUACUUGUUUAAAAAAACUUUUAUUGAUGUUCAAGUAAUAUUUAUUACGUUAAAUUAGGGCGCGCCAUCGCACAAAUGUUCGGCCACAAAGUGCAAGACACGAUGAAGUGAGUAGCCAAACAUUACGUGAAUUAUACAUUCAUACAUCAGUUUUGGUCCGUUGCCCGUUAUUUAAUUAACUAGUUCUGACUUGAGCAUGAAAUAGAAAGUACGGUAGUCGUUACUUAAAUUUCUUUUUGUGUUUGAUUCAUGAAUUAAUGACAAAAAAAAUCUGUUUUUAUUUUCCGAUUUUAGUUUAUAUUUUGAAAAUAAGAAAAACAAAUGAGAGGAUUUCUCAGAAUUUAGAAGUGAACUUUCUUUUCACUAUUUUUCUACAUUUUACAGACAAAAAAAAUAACUCCAGAGAUUUAAAACAGUGGAAAUAAUAAUUAGCUUGCAUUAGCAUGUUGUGUGUAACAGACGGACGGAUGAUGCCGCAGGUGGCUCCUCAACACAAAGAGGGAACAUCUGGACCGGAUUGUGUUGAUUAAUCCAUCGUCUGAGGCCGAGCUGCUGCUGCAGUAAUUAGAUUGAAGAUCUGUUUUCGUUGUAUUUUUGAAGCUGCAGGAUCCUCUGAGCUCAGUUUCAGUGUCUUUAAAUGAAACACCUGUUGAAGCUGUAGAAGAAAAAUGAAUCAUGGCGUUCGGUUUUCAUUAGACGCUGGUGUUGCCGCAGCCGGUGUCGUGAUUAUCUCGUCAUCAGGUGGAGGAAAACUAAUUUUAAAGUGUCACACUAAUCAAUAAUCUGUCCAGCAGAGCUCAGAGUUGUUGUUAACCAUGUGAUCGGGCAUUACAGGCGGGCGGGGGGAAGUUCUGCCUGCAGGUUUUAGGGGUUUGGUGUGAUGAUGAUGAUGAUGAUGAUGAUGUGCCAUUCAGAGUGCUAAUUUUAUUUUUUAUUUAACAGCGCGGGAGCGUGUUGAUGGAAGUGGGAAGUUUGGCUGAAAUGAAGCCAAAGAUUCUCUUCUUCAUGUGUUGGGGAAACUUUUUAAAAGAUGUCAGCUGUGGUGAACUUCCUGCAGAAUGAAAGCUUUCAAAUUAAAAGUCUUCUGUCUGCAUU